AAAAGUACCCGGUCUUGAUUUCAUGAUAUCAAGCAGUAGGCUGCACCGGUUCUCCAGGAUGCCUCACUGAUGGAGUCUGAAGAAACCGUUGAGGGAGGUACCACCCUCCUAGAAGCCAGCAGCACCACUGGGGAGGCCUGGGAUUCUAUGGUGGCCAAAAAAGAACACCAUGCUCCUCAUGCAUCAGUACAGAUGAGCCCAAGCCCAACUGAUUCCGCAAAGGAAUCAGAGCUUAACUCGCCACAGGACUGCUUUUCUGCUCCAGGGCAGUCAGCAGAGAUGCUGAGCAGAACCUCUAACUCUGUGCAAAAGGUGUCAGCAGGACUGGAAGAGCAGCAAAGUGCCAGGCGUCAAAGGGGACUCUCUGAAUGCGAAGGAGAAAUACUUUUGGAGGAGGGUGGGCUGGAUUGCACGCCCAAACUUGACCAAGUAAGGCUUGUGGACCUGGAAAGGAAUCAGGACUCUUCCUCUCCCAGCACGGUCCAGGAUGGCGACAUCAUCCUGCAGGCUCUGGACCUCAGCCCUGAAUGUCCUCAGUGCCAGGUGGAACAAAUGUCUUCUCACAGCUCUCAUGCUCAGGCCCAGUGUCCAAAAUCCCCUUUACCUGAUUCCCCUCCCUCUCAGAGAGAACCAACUAAGUGUUUUGUGGUGUGUAAAACCAUUUCAGAGGGCCACUAUAAGGCCGAGCCUUUUCUGGAUAAGAUCGUGACAGAACCUUUGCAGGAGUUUGAAGCUACUGGAGAGCAACAAAACAGCACAAAAGUGGUACCAGCAACUGAUGAGCAGGCUAUCUCAAGGGCAGCAGCUGAAGACAUGGCUAAACCUAACACUUCUGAAGAUACUAAGGAAAACAUAAGAACACUACAGGGUCAGGAACGGGAUACAGAGUCUUCCCACCAUGUGUCUUCCAGCUUAAUAGAUGACAGCCAAGGAAGUUCACUAUAUGUGAAGGAGAACAUCUCAGCAAAUGAGACAAGAAACAGCAGCAUGGCCAAGGAGCAGGGAACAGUGAUGAUCAUUAAGCAAAACUCAUCCAUUUCUGAAAGUCUUAGUCUUGAGGAAGAUGGCUACAGAAAACUGGAAGGCAGACCUGCCUCUCCAAUACUGUGUGCCAUCCAAACAAAGGAUGCUGUUAAAAAAGUGGAGAAAACAAAUGCUUCACAGCAUAAGCAACCAAAACAUGAGGACCCAGAACUGGAUCAGGCAGUGUAUGAACUUCAGCAGGCAGAGCAAGAAGAGAAGGAGACAAAGUUCAAACAGCAGAAUCUGCGAGAGAAAGAAGAACCAAAGCUAGAGACAAAAGAUCAGAAAAACAAAGAAGGGAAUGAGCUAGAACAAGAACUGCCAAAGGAAGAGCUUGACCGAAGGGCUCUGUCGUCAGCCUUCAGUUCAGAGACAUCAACUGCUUCCAGGCACAGGGGACACUUGAGUGAUUUGAAGAAUGUUUCUUCACCUGAGCAAACAGAACCAGCAUUUCUUCCUGAAGAAUCUGUCUCUGAGAGCCAGCAGCCUGAUGAAGAUGUGCUGCUGACAGCCUUUGCCAGAGCAGCGGAUUCUGCAAGUCAACCAGCUGCUGCAAGUCCUUUGUCAUCGAUUAGCCCGAACCGCAUAGAUGAAACUCCCGUGAUGUCCCCAUGCACAUGCCGUGUCCCUGACCAGGCAGCCGACCUGGAAGACUCAGGCCGCUUCUCCAUCAGUGGUCAGGACAGCUCGGAAGCUGACUGGGAUGACAAAACAAGACUGAGCAAGGAGGAUGAGCACAGUGAUGGACAUGAAAAGAAGUUUGAUAAAAGAAAUGCACCACUGUGUGAAGGAAUGGCAGCAUCCUUUAGUGCAGAGAACUUGGAGGCUUCUGUUCCAGCAUAUUCUUCCUCUGGUACCAAGAACUUGAAGCCACCUGAUCCCACAGAUGUUCAUCCUAUUACAGAAAAUAUGGGAAAAUCUGAGCUUCAGGGCUUCAUUCCAGUUCUACACUCAGAGAUUACCUCUUUAGCUUCAACAUCUGGCCCACAGAAACAGGAUGAUGAUGAUGAUGAUGGAACACCCUCUGUGAGCUGUGAGGACUGUCCUGGUGGCAACCUGGACAAAUUGUCAGGUUCUGUAGAGAGGCCAGUCAACCAAGCUGCUCUGCUGUGUGUGCCGGACCUAGCACUGGGGGAAAAGGAAAUUUUAAAUACAGAUUCGGGGGAGGCCUACAUUGCCCACGAACUGCUUACCUCUGAGGAAGGCUUUCAUGAAGAGCUUCAUGGCCCAUCUUCUUUCUCUGUAGCAUACAUGAGCUCUCCUUUGGUGGAAGAGAGCCCUUCUGGAGAUGGAGGAACAGUGAGUUUUGUUGCAGGGCCUCUAGAAUCACCCCAAACACCAGACAGGACUUCGACCCCCUUGAGCCACCCAGAAACAAUUCAGCAGUACCAAAACUCCCCAGAAAAGGUUGUCAUUAUCCAAGGAAGAAAAAUGGAAGAAAAUGUGGGUCAGGAGGCACAAAAAACACCUUUCCUUGGUCAGGGUGACUGGAAUUUAAACCAAGAAGAACCAGGAUCCAGAAUCUCCAGUGUCUUGAGCAAUCUAACUUGGCCUUCUGAGGAAGCUACGGUAAUUGCUGUGAAACAGCAAGGACCAUCUCUCUCUCCUGCACCUGAAUCAAGCCUACCUCUGGUGUUUGAGCCUGAUGCCAAACAGCUUCCAAAUCUUUCAUCCCACACCCAAAGCCCCAGCCAGGAUCAGGCCCCUGCACUUAAUGAAAACUACCUUGGCCAGGCUCCAGAUCUUGACAGUGACCAGCCACCAGCUCCUGUACCCUUUUUCAGCUCAGAGCUAAACUGUGCUGUAGACAAUAAGGAGUUACUAGACAUUCCCCCUACUGUGAGCCACCCGCUCCAGACUGUCACAUCUGUAUCUGAUUCUAACACUGUGGCCUCUGCUCCUGAUGCAGAAGUAAAAGAGAAAGAUGUCCUUGUUCCAGCAACAAAAGAGUGGGAUCUCUGUGACUCAGGUACCCAGGACACAGAGAAUUCCGAUGAUUCAGGGGUUGGUCUGUUAUCCAAAAACUUUUCUGCCAUGGCAAAUGAGCCAUUGGCCCGCUGCUCUGACACCAGCCCCGAAACAACAGAUCAGUAUAUGGACCCACAGUAUGGCAAGUCCUCACCUGAUGACAACUCUUGGCCUUCACUGGAAAGCCUGAGAACGUCCACAGACUCCAAGAACAGAGACUCCGUACAGCCGCUUCCAAUGCUAGCAUUCACCAAUCCAAUCCACUUCCUCCGGCUCAACCCUCCGUCGCCACCAACCACCAGAACAACCUGUGAAGAAGAGGUCUCAGGGGAGAUGCAAUGGAUGCAACAGGCAGACAUCUUUACCAUGGACACAAAGAACAUCUCUGCUCUGGCAGUGACUACAGAGAAAACAGAAGCUGAGAGGAGGGCCAAGCAAAGGCUGAAAGUACAAAGAGAACAACAGCAUUCAGUAGCUCAGCCAAUGGGGGAAGUGACCAGACAUUCACCCUUGGAAAAAUCAUCAAGCUGGCCAGAUAAAAAAUUGAUCAGAGUGGUGCCACAGGAGCCAGUAGCCAGUCAAGAAAACCCAGUUAAACGUCGAGUGAAAAGCAAGGAUUGGCAUCGUCAGGGCCUGAAAAGAAUAUCAAUACCAUCAGACAUCUUGCAGGAAAUCUCUGCUGUCCCUCCAGAGAAAGAAGCACCCAAGGCACACAGGGAGCCAGCAGUCAGUUCAGAAACAGUUAUAAUGCGAGAGAAGAAACCUGCAGAUGCAAGGGAGAAUUUCAAACGACGCCAUUCGAAACUCAUCAACUCCUCAAGGCUGCUGUAUCAGGAGUACAGUGAUGUGGUUCUGAACAAGGCCAUUCAGAACCAGAAGAGAGUGGAUUCUUUCUCAGAGGACAUAGAGCCAAGUUUCCCAAGCUCCCCACGGCUCCGGAGGAAAGUGCUCUCUCCUCAGGACUCAUAUUUGCAACGUCUGUCAGUCUCAUCUAAUGCAUCCCUCUGGCAGGACAUCCCUAUGAUACGAGGAAGCAGAAUGCUACUCAACAUGUCCCAUGAUGAGCAAAAGCUGCAAGAGGCCAAGUUUGAGUUGAUAAUGUCUGAGGCUUCCUACCUGCGUAGUUUAAAUGUGGCUGUGGAUCACUUCCAGCGAUCAGCUGAGCUCCAGGCAGUGCUCACCAACCAGGAGCGCCAGUGGCUUUUUUCCCGUCUUCAGGAUGUACGUGAUGUCAGUGCUAGUUUCCUCUUUGAUUUGGAGGAGAAAUUUGAGGAGGACAUGUUCACCUUCCACGUGUGCGAUGUGGCUCUGAAACAUGCCCCCGAGUUCCGGAGGGUCUAUCUACCGUAUGUGACAAACCAGACGUACCAGGAGCAAACCUUCCAGCGGUUACUAAAUGGAAAUGCAGGAUUCCAACAAGUCCUGGAGAGACUGGAAAGUGAUCCAGUAUGCCAGCGCCUCUCACUUAAAUCCUUCCUCAUCCUCCCUUUCCAGCGCAUCACUCGACUUAAACUCCUCCUACAGAAUAUUCUGAAGAGAACCAGGCCUGGAUCUGAAGAGGAAGUGCAAGCAACACAAGCUUAUGAUGCGCUUGAAAAGCUCAUCAAGGAUUGCAAUGAAAAUGUCCAGCGCAUGAAGAGCACUGAAGAGCUGAUCUACCUCAGCCAGAAGAUUGAAUUUGAGUGCAAGAUUUUCCCACUCAUCUCGCAGUCAAGGCGACUUGUGAAGUGUGGUGAGUUGACAGCACUGGACUUCAACACCCUCAGUCAAAAAUGGAAAGUCACCACCCGCCCGAUCUACCUACAUCUUUUCAACGACUGCCUGCUCCUCUCCCGGCCAAAGGAGGGUGGACGUUUUGUUGUGUUUGACCAUGCUGCUUUCUCAGAUGUGCGUGGGGAGAAGUGUGAGAUGAAACUGCAUGGAACAAACAAAAACGUCUUCCGUCUCUUUCUACUUCAGAAUUACCAGGGCAAGAGAGUGGAAUUUCUGUUUCGUACAGAGACACAAAGUGAGAAGCUGCGGUGGAUCUCUGCUUUGGCUCCUCCGCGAGGGGAACUGGACCUCCUGGAAUGCCCUGAUGCUCCACAAGUUCAGUGCAUAAGGACGUACAAGGCUCGGGAGAAUGAUGAGCUGGCUUUGGAGAAAGCAGAUAUCAUCAUGGUUAUGCAGAGCAGCACUGAUGGAUGGAUGGAAGGAGUGAAACUUUCUGACAGAGAGAGAGGCUGGUUUCCCUCAGAACAUGUGGAGUUGAUCUCCAGCAAGCAUGCACGGCAGAAGAACCUGAAGGAGGAAGAACGUGUGAAAAAUGCUAAGCAGCAGGUCUUCUGCAAUAAGUAAGACUACUUUGUUUGGACCUGUACAGUCUCCCUGCCAUGGAGAAACCACCUUUUUCUACUUGCCUCAGAGGAAACACCUCUGCAGAGAACACAAUACAGCACUUGACAGCACCAAGUGCUUUUGCCAAAGAAUGUGGGAAUUCAGUCAAGAAAAAUCAUUCACUACUGUUGCGCCAUCACUUCAGCAGUAGGAGGAGAAAAGUUGCAUGUAUUGCUUGCUUUGUGGUAGUAGGGAAGGACUUUAAUCAUUCAGAAGUCUGGGAUCUUGACCUCUGAAAAUCUGUUCUUGGUUUUGCCACUGACAAGUUUCAGGACCUUGGGCAAGUUGCUCCAGAAUUCUGCCUCAUUUUUCCCAUCUGUAAAAUGGGUGUAAACUUACCUACCUCACCGGAUGUUGUGAGGCUAAACUCAGUAGUAUUAGUAAACUAAGAGCUUUGAGUUUCUGAGAAAGAAGGUGCUAAGUAUAAAGCACAGUAUAGUGCAGGAGAGUUCCAUUUAAAUGUCCUCUUGAUAUUUUGAUCUCCAUAGUCUGAUUUCCAUUUAAGACAUUUUAAUUACUGGACAGUAGAAGUCUGUUUUUUAAAAAAUGGGAAUGGUGUUUCAUUGUGUAUUUAAGUCACUCUCAGCAUUAUGUUACAGUCUGUGACAGAAUUAGAAACUCCACUUGCGUUAAGUUUUCAGAAGCUACUGUGGUGAUUUCCUCAUCUUAAGAAGUAUGAACUUCAAUUCCACACAUUACAUCUCUUCUGCAAAAGUGCCCCUUUAAGGCAUCUGAAUUCACCAUUUCUUUCACCCUUCCUCCUACUCAAAGUAGAACAAUCACUUUUGACCAAAAAAAAAUUCACAUGUUGGUACAUGCUCUGUACAAAAUAACCAUGACUUACUAGACUUAGGCAAUAAAGUGGCACCCUCCUGCUGCUUUUACUCUCAUCGCUGAUGGGGUAUUGCAUGCACCAUUUUGCACACUUAUAGAAAACACUAACACAGUUAGGCACUGUAGAUAAAGUCAAAAACAUGUACCAGGGAUUUUGCUCUUUUGUAGAACUCUUUGGCUUUAACUCCAGUUUACAUACAAUCCUGCUUUUGUGCAGAACUUGUCUAUUUGAGGACGUGACUUCAACUGUAAAAUAUUUUUUUCUGUAUUAAGUGUUUGCAUUUGGUUACGUCAAUGCAAGAUCAAGUAUGAGAAUCAAUACACCAAAGAAAGCAAUGUGUAGCCUUAUUGCCUUAAUAUAUUUGAAAAAUUAGUUAUCUUUGUAUCUCCGGCUUUCUGUC